AGUAUCGCAUGCGUGUUUCAUUCGCUCCUAAUUUAACCUGCGCACGGCUAGAAAUUUCCACGCGACGACCUUCACACUAAUCUCGCAUUAUUAUUCUAAAAUGACGAGUAAUGUACCAAAUAUUACCACCAACAAUGGGGUGAACAUCCCCAUGCUGGGGUUAGGGACUUGGAAGUCCAAACCUGGGAAGGUAACCCAAGCGGUGAAAGACGCAAUUGACGUCGGUUAUCGCCACAUUGAUUGUGCCCACGUUUAUUGCAACGAAAAGGAAGUCGGGGAAGCACUGAAGGCAAAAAUCGCCGAAGGUGUGAUCAAACGUGAGGAUAUUUUCAUCACCAGCAAAUUGUGGAACACGUACCAUCGGCCAGACUUGGUCGAGAAAGCCCUCAGAACAACACUUGCUAAUUUAGGACUGGAAUACCUCGACCUUUACCUGAUCCACUGGCCUUUUGCCUUGAAAGAAGGCGACGAGUUGUUUCCGGUGGACGAGGCAGGAAAGGCGGUUUAUAGCGAUGUUGAUUACGUCGACACGUGGAAAGCUAUGGAAGAAAUGAGCAAAAAGGGCCUAACUAGGUUAAUCGGAAUCUCAAACUUCAACAAGCGGCAAAUCGAGAGAUUGCUACAAAACGCCACGAUUGUUCCAGCAACUAAUCAAAUUGAGUGUCACCCCUAUCUGACUCAACUGAAACUUUCCGAUUUUUGUAAAUCGAAGGGUAUUAUCAUCACAGCGUACAGUCCCUUGGGAUCCCCCGACCGACCGUGGGCUAAACCGGGGGAUCCCCUCUUACUUGAAGAUGAGAAAAUUAAGAAAAUUGCAGAGAAAUAUAACAAAACGCCAGCUCAAGUCGUUUUAAAGUACCAAAUUCAGAGGGGACAUAUCGUGAUUCCCAAAUCUGUGACACAAUCAAGGAUUCGGGAAAAUUUCAAUAUUUGGGAUUUUGAACUUGGGGCCGAUGAUAUCGAAUUGAUUAACUCGUUUGACUGCAAUGGACGAAUCUGUCCUUAUGUGGAUGCUGUGACACACAAGGACCAUCCUUUUGCCAACGAUGAAUAUUAAAUUUAAAAAACAUCGGAUUUUGUUUGUUUAGUAAACCUUCUGUGCACAUUUUAAAAAAUAAUGAGAAUUUUGAAAUAAAUUUGUAUUUAUUACAAAA